AUGCCGGUUCUGCACACUCAACUCCUCGAAAACGUGCUAAGCACGUUGGAAAGCUGGGACAUCAGGAUGUCAGGGACUUCGUACCUGGGGGGGGGAAGCUUCAGCACGAGUGCCGUACCGGUAGACGAGGCACAGGACAGCGGUGAUGACGGCUCUCAAGCGGAGAUAGGCCUCAAGGCUGAGACAUUCAGUGAUGAUGAAGUAUUUAAAGUCUCCGAAUCUAAUGUUGCGGAGCAAGAGAAGGCUCCCAUCGAGGGGCGUCGAUUGUUCAUCAGGGACCUUCCAUCAGACACUACAGAGGAGGAUCUCAAACAAUUCUUUAAGGGAUACUCCAUCCAGAAUAUAUGGCUUCCGGACCUCAAGGGCAACCACUCUCAACUGGCCACUAUCGUACAGACAGAGAGUCUUUCCUUGGACGGCGAUCCUCCCUUGACUAACUCUUCAAAAGGAGCCGCUACCACUAGUCCCAAUGACGGACGUCGCCUGGAAAACGUCAACAUCCCAGUCACCCCGCGUACGCGUCAUCCUGUUGGCUACGCCUUUGUUACCGUCUCCACUUCUGAUGAAGCAGAUCGUGCAACAUCCCAGCUCUCUGGUAACAAGAUCCUUGAGCGAAAGGUAUCAAUUCAACGAGCUCGGGCAGAGGAGACGAGAGCUCCAGAUCCAGGCACUACUACUGCGAAAGAGGGGGCUUCUACCACAAGGAGUAAUACAGAUGUCAACGUCGAGGAAGAGAGUGAAGGAACCAAUAUGCUCAGUGAAAUCCCCGAGAUUAUGACACCGCAUGUUGCACAAGUUGCUCUACCUAUAAGUUGGAAUGCCGUCAACAAUACAAAGAUCCGGACUACUCUUGGGGGCAGGGUCGGCAAGGAAAAGCACUUCGUAGACGAACCAAGUCUGGUGAGUAGGGGCCGAAACGAAGCUGAAGGUCAUCCAAGUCGAGAUCUUGCUACUUCAGUGGCACUGGAAAGGGUUAAGGGACUCCGCAUUCGCCUUUCCGCCAUGGAUCCCCACGAUGGUCCUGUAUCUGCGUACAAAUUAGCGCAGCAAGAACUCCAUGAUGCAGAGAUCGACUACAAUUAUUGCUUGUACUUUCCAGUGGAUGAAGCGUUCCAACCCCCUCCCCUAUCAACUGCGCGGAAGUUCACGCCGAAGAGAAAAGAUAGCAGAGAACGCAGGUUGCGCAUGUGGAGCAUGGUCGAGCAGUGCACGAGGGAAGGAACCCUACAAGAUCUCAAAGAGGGAAAAAUACGUGUGAGUAGCGCUGAGCGCUUAGGUCAACCCUCGCCGGCACAGAGAAGCGCUUCCGAGUUGUCGGGUGGUUUAGAGCAGACCAAUGGUCAAAGGGACCUGCAACGGUCAACAAUUACCGAUUCUUCGCAGAUUCAGAUCCUCGAAACUCAAGAAACGUCUCGGAAACAGUAUGGUUACCUCAAAGCAUUCCCCAACAUGAAACCGGGUACUCACAACUAUGAGAAAAUGAAGAAGAGAGUCCACGAGACUGAAAUACAUCUCAACUACUGCAAAUACUUCCCUGUUGCCGAGGACUACUUGCCUCUCGCUUUUGCCAAGAGAGGAUUGAACGAACUAAAUAGCUCUAAUGUAGACGGUAUCAAGGCCAGUGAACGCAGAGCGGCCCAGAUAUGGAAAUUGGUUGAACAAUGUACACAAGACGGAAACCUCCAGGAUCUCAAAGAUGGCCGACUUGCCGCAUGGCUUAACGGCGCGCCGCCACCAAACCAAUCUUUCUUUGCCUCGGCGCUACAGGCAAGACACCCCCAAGGAGUCGCCGGGAUAACAGGCCAUAAUUCUAAGCCUCGACACGGUUUUGGGCCAAAGAACGCUCAUAAAAUGGAUGCUGGUGCAGCCUCUGCCAAUGUGAAGCUGACACUGAAGGAAGUGGGCAAGUCUCAAGAGCGCCAGGGCGCUUCGGAAAGUGAUGGAGGAGUGAUGGUAAACUUGGACUACAGGAAUCAAGAUAUGUCAUCUGAAAUUGAAGAUAAUGACAUUGAAUCAGUCAUGAACUCGGGAAACAGAGACGAGGAAAUGCCAUCAGAUGUCAACGACCAAGACAUCAAACAAGAGUUGCCGGCAAUGAACCAGGUUGACGAUGAUCUUUAUGCAAGUGACAGUGGUGCGGCCAGCAAUAAUGACACUGAGAGCAACGACUCUGAUAUGGAUAGCGAAGGCCAAUCUGAGGAUGGUGACGCCAUGAUGCAAUAUUCAAAUUCUGAGCAAAUCGCUGCUGAUGAAGCCGAGCGAAACAAAAAGACAACUGCAGUCCCGCCAAAUCAUAGGGCAUAUGUCCUGGCUGAUUUAAGUUCACACGACCUCAAUACUCAGCUGAGAUAUUUCCACACCACGAAAGCUCGUGAAGAAGUCGACGGGAAAACACCCAUCAGAUGUCUUGUUUGCGCAAAAGAAGGUCAUAUGGCUGAGUUGUGCGAAUUUCUCACUUGCUCUGCCUGUGGAGCCUUCAACCGGCAUACGACACAGGCUUGUCCCAAUAAUGCGAAGUGUGAGAGAUGCCGUGAGCAAGGCCAUGACGAGCGUUAUUGUCCCUACAAGUUAAAAAGGAUGCCCAAGCAUGAGAUCGUGUGCGACUUAUGCCAGCGCAACGGCCACAUCGAAGAGGAUUGCGAGCUCAUUUGGCGAACAUCCGGCCGGCCAUGGGAGUCCGACUUGGCGCAUGCAAGCGUACGGCUCUCCUGUUAUGAGUGUGGGCGCUCCGGCCAUUUAGGCAAUAAUUGCCUCUCCCGGAGGCCCAACAAAUCAAUGGGUACGAGUACCUGGGAUGGCAAUUUUGGUCAAGUGUCGAUCAAAUCCACGCGUGAAAUCAAAAUCAAGGGAAAAGCAACACAGCAAGAUCCCAUCAACAUUGACGAUAGCGACGAUGAGCGAGCGAACUUCUACCGGCCUAAGAUCUCGGUGCCAGAGCCAGUACGCAAGGGACAGAUCCGAAUAAUCACUGGCAGAUAUGAAUCGCCAGUAUAUGAAAGUACUCGGAAUAACAGACAGGCGUACGCUGAUAACAGGCAUGGUUCAUUUACCACUGUCAAUGAAUCCUACCGAAACGACGAAGCCAGACAACCUUAUCAGCAAUACCGAGAUGGUGGAAGGGGCAAUUGGCGUGCAGUUGAUGGGCCAGACUAUGCAACAGGCCACGAUGAUCUUCGACAUAACAGAUAUAGGCCCAGUGAACGAAGCUCAAGAUCGCCUCCAAACCGACACCUUGGAGGCUACGCCGGAGGAAGUUCCUGGCCCUCUCCACGAUCAGCACCAAAGGCCGUAAACCAAGACAGGCGUCCUCCUGUACACGCGAAUGUCUACCGGCCCAUGCCGAGUGCCGCUCAGAAUGCAUGGACUAAGCGUCGGGUGUAA